AUGAGAUAUAGUAACACUAAAAUCAAAUUGAAUUAAAACAGAGUCUCAUAAUAGUUUGAUUGCAGGAAUGCUCUAAACCUAGUCAUUUUUAGCCUAAUAUUUUUGGCUUUUGAAUCAAAAGCUGUAAUGUAUGAAAAUGAUUUCCAAAACCAGGCAUUAAUAAAUUUUUACUCAAACGCAUAAUUCGAUGAUUCAGAAUUUUGUUUAAUAAGAGGAGAUUUGAUAUUGUAUGUAAGUUGUCCAGGGUCUGAACAGUCAUAUAUAAUUGAUGCCUAGUCAUUCAUUAAUCCAGUGAUCACCUAUGAUGAUAAGACUAAGUUAAAUCAAAUGAUAUUCAAUGAAAAAAUUAUUCUCUCAUAAUCUACUACUAAGUUUGAGAAUAUUACAGAUGUUUACUUUUUAAAAGGAUCUCUUAAUAUAAUUACUUUGAAUUCAACCAUUCAAAGAUAAAAGUCUUAUAGUGUAUUCUAUGAUGGAAUGGAUAAUACUACCAAAGCUCUCGAAUAUAUUUAUCGUAAUAGUGUUACCUUGCAAAGAGUAUUUUAUGAUGGAAGGAUUUAUAUCAGUAAAUUUUGGAAUUCUGACAUUGGAGAGUUCAUCGAGUUCUAUUCCUUUCUGAAUCGACCAACUGUUGAUUAUUCCAGACUAAUGCCAGGAAAGUAGUUCAAUAUGACUUAUGAAAUUAUAAGAGAGUUAAAUGAUGACUACAGUAUUUAUGUAGGCUGGAAUAACUCGUUUGCUGCAAAUAGCUAUUUGAUAUAUUACAAGAUAACUUCAUCAAAUGUUGCAUUGAAGUCGAUCUUUAAUUUGACGCUUAAGUCAAUGUGCACUGAAAAAAUUGCAAUUUCUGAAAGCCUGAUAGUAAUUUUGUGCGAAACUAGAAAAAAGCUUUAAAUAUUUAAAAGAAAUGGCACAAGUUUACUUGGAGAUCUAGUGAUUCCUUCUAACUGGAGUUUUACAAAGAACAAAAUAAAUGGUCAUAUUCCUAUUCAAAACAUGUUCAUAAUUUCAAGAUAAAGUCAUAAUUACAUUUUCUUUAUGGUUACUAAUGUCACUUACUUUACUAGAUAAGUUAUCAUUUAAAGAAAUGGCACAGAUCAGUUAGUAAAUCAAACAGCAAACUCUACUCUAUACUAAUUAUACUUUAUGGAGAUAAUAAUAUCGCCUAGCAAUUAAAUAUUCACAAACUUUGAAUAAGAGCCUGAGAUUCUCUACUAGUCUGACAAAUUGUUCUAAUUUUAGAAGAUUUAUGAUAAUUAUCUUCUUAAAUAGUCUUAUUCGUCACCUUAGUUCUACUCUUAUACUCCAGUUUGCUUUUAUGAUGAGUCGCAUUAUAAGCAAAAAUGCUCUCCAUGCCCCCCUGGUAGCUAUUCUCUUUACUUUAAUAAUCCUGCUUGUUACAGCUGUCUUAACAUAGAAACUUAUGUCUUAAAUCAGUUUCAAACAAGUAAGCUUAAAUUCUUGUGCAAUAAUAACAUGACUUCUAUUUAUGGUGCUAGAAAUUACUCAGUUGAUUAGUAUAAUGAUCCCAUCAAUUUGAUAAAAAUAUCCGAUAACAAUCAGAAUAAUAAUAACACUGAAAAUGGGGGCAAUAAUACAAUUGUAAUCGAUGGAAGUGGAGGUUAAAGUGAAAGCAAGUUAUCAAAUUGGACUAUAGCAUUAUUAGUUGUGGUAAUAGUGACAUCAACUUUUUCCUCUGUUACUGUUAUCAUAUUUUUACUUAGAAAAAGAAUGCUAAUGAGAAGAGGUAUUUAGAGAUCUAGAGUUUAAAAUGGUGAAAUACUGAGGCAUAUUGAUGAGAGUGAGGUUGAUGAUUCCUAAACUGCAAGAUAAAGAGCAAGGUAAGAUAGAGAGAAGUAAAGGAAAACAAAGAUUGAGAAAAUUAAGAAAUUAGCUCCUAAGUAGAAAUAUUCAUCAAUAGAGCAUAAAUAGCUUUUGGCGAAUAAUUGUGUAAUCUGCUGUGAUGAAUUUAAUGAUAAUGAUUAUGUAAGAGAGACUUAAUGUAGACAUAUAUUCCAUUCAUAGUGCAUAAUGUAAUGGGUUCUUAGCUAGCUAUACAAAGAAAAUACAGGUCAAGAUUAGCCAAUUGCUGAUCCUUAUUGCCCUACAUGUAAAGCGAAUAUGCAAGUAGAAGUUGAGAAGAGAGUGUAGAAAGAUUUAGGAUUAGAAAAUUAAAGAUAAAUUGACAAUUUUGAAUUACCUCCAGCAUCCAAUAUUAUUGAUACAGACCGAAAUCAUUCUUAAUCAAAUCGCUUUAUUUCAGAAAUAAAUAACAACCAUAAUUUAGAAGAGAUUCCUACUGUUAUCAUUGAUCAGAGUGAAAGACAGCCAGUGUAAGAAGAAAUGGUUCAAGUGCAAAUAAACAAUUUGGUUGGGGCAGCUCACCAAUCAAUUGAAGGACCGAUUGACAGAAGUAUUACAAUUAGUAGGCUAAUUAGACAACUUGAUGAACCUCUAUCAAGCAAUGAUAUUAAUAAUGCAAUAACAGCAAGUCAGUUAUAAAUUUUACAAGAAAAUUAAAGAGAACAGCUUUGA